AUGAAAAAUGGAUUUCCAUGCCUUAUCUCAAAAUUAUCGCAACAUAACCAAUCAUAUCGCCACCAAUCUACAUUUAAGGGAUUCCCUAAAUGGAUUGAUACAUAUGAUUUAAAUAUUCCAGAAUUGAAUAAUGUAAACUCAAGCGUAUCGUGCAAACAUGACAAAAAAAGCCCACUAAGGAUCAUUCGGUGGAAACGUAAUUCACUUGACAAUUCUCUCCCAGACCGAAAAGUUGCAAAUUAUUUUUUUAGACUGAGAAUCAACAGAACACUCUCAAAAUCACAGAACAAAUGCCUGAUCUCUUCGUCACAAGCAAUUGUCAACAUUUUAAAUUAUAGUUCAGUGAAUUUCGGUCUGAUAUACUCAACUAAUCGCCAAAUAAUUGAUUAUAUCCAAAAUAGUUUCAGUGGAAGAUACGGGAAAGUGUGCCUUUGCAACCAAAAUUUCAUAGAUCGCGUUUAUAUGCAUACCACUUUUGCUCUCAGCCGAUCUGAUGUGGCUGCAGAAGCUCACAUUCCACUCGAAACUGAUUUUACACAUCCUAAACGAAUACUAGUGCUUGAUGGGCUGAGCUACGCCCAGAAUGUAGGAAUGCUAACCCGCACAGCUAUAUCAUUGGGAUUUGAUGGACUAUUUGUACUGAAUAACAGCGCUAAACAAUUUGAUUGGAAGGUUACCUGCAUUACUAAAGGAUUCCAAUUUGCAUUCCCAUAUAGAACGGGCGAUGCUCUAGAUUUGGCGAAUUUUUGUAAAGAAAAAAACCUAAUACCCCUCGUCGCUCAUGUGGAAGGGGUCGAUUUAAAGGAUUUUACUUUGAACCCCGAAUGUGGAUUCUGCUUGGUUAUGGGCAGCGAGGGGAAUGGCCCAUCAAAGCAAGUAUUGGAAUUUGCUCAAAAAAUAACACUGCCAGGAUAUUCAUUGAUAGAUUCGUUAAACGUAGCAAUUGCUGGUGGGAUUCUAAUGCAUCAACUCACACAGCUCAUUAGAAAUUAA